AUGGCUGCAGAAGGACCCCCGAAAUUCGAGCAAGAUGCCACCCUAGCACGAAUCCGAGAUGUCGAGACUGAGUUGGAUCUCUUCAAACUGUCUCCUGAUCUGGAUGAUGUCUUGUUGGACGCCAGCUUGGACGAUUACAAACAAUACCUGGAUCAACUCGAUGCCGCACGAAGCCAGCUCGACACUCUCCUCGCCGACACGGCCGCAACGUUAGAUGAGCUCUCCGAGAUCUCUGCAUCCUUCAAGGCUAUUGAUGCGCAGACCAAGGCGUUCCAAAAACAGUCGGCGAAUAUACUGGACGAGCAGCGGAGGAACGACGCCAUUGCCCAAGACAUCGCCGACAACCUGCAAUACUAUGAGCCGCUGGAGAGGAUCACCCGUCGUCUCAACGCCCCUGGCGCGGGAGCGUUCGUCAGAAGCAAGGAUUUCUCCGACAUGCUGAUCACACUGGACGAAUGCAUCGACUACAUGCAGACGCACCCGAGCCAUAAGGAAGCUGAGACCUAUCGGUCGCGGUACAGACUCCUUCUGACACGAGCGCUCACGCUGGUUCGAAACACGUUCAUGGCUGAAGUCAGAGAGACGACGGCCGAGAUUGCCGGCAGGAUUGCAGCAAAACAAUUGAACGACACGACCAUGUCUGCUCUUUUGUACGCCAAAUUCCGAGUUGGCGCAGCCGAGAUGAAAGAACUUGGGCUGGAGAUCCAGAAACGCGCGAACCCGCCGGCCGAGGCUGAGCCCGGCACAGAAGGCGAGUAUCAAAGUCUUAUGGACGAGCUGCACACCACCUUCGCCUCUUGCCGAGCAAGGCUGAUUCUCCCGAUUGUCCGGAAACAACUGGCAGAGAUAGGCCAGGCUCCGAGCUCCAAAGACCUGGUGCAGUUCGCCCGAGCAAGCAUAAGCUACGUGCGAGGAAUAUGUCUGGACGAGUUUGAAUUGUGGUCGGAGUGGUUCCAUGGAUACCGGGGACUCUAUGAUUUCCUCGAAUCCAUAUGCGAGCCACUAUACGAUCAUUUGCGGCCACGCAUCAUUCAUGAAAACAAGUUGUCUAAGCUAUGUUCACUGGUGACGCUGCUGCAGACUAGAUAUCUGCAUGACGAGGAGGAAGACGGCCCCGCCGAUUUGAACCAGCUGGACUUCUCGAUCCUGAUCCACCCAGCAUUGGAAGACGCGCAGACAAGGUUGGUCUUCCGCGCCCAGGCGAUUUUGCACGAGGAAAUCGAGCUUUUCAAACCAAAAUCCGAAGACCUGGACUAUCCGAGGCUCACGUCAAGACCACCAACCUCAGCCGCCACUCUGACCGGCCGAAGGAAACCGAGCGAGCCACUGACACCGAUGCCCAAGACCCCCGAGAUCGUCGACGAAGACUCGGGCGAGGAGGGCUCCUUCUCCUGGACCGUGGCAUCCCGCCGUGUGGCGCUGCAGAACUGCUACCCGACCCUGUCCAAAGCGGUCCGCCUGCUCUCCCGAAUUUACCGACUCGUCAAUUCGUCCGUCUUCGAUGAUCUGGCGCACCAGAUCGUUCAUCAGACCACCGUGUCUCUAGUGCACGCGUCAAACCAAAUCCGCUCAAGAUCCUCCGCGGCCGAUGGCCAGCUCUUCCUUCUGCGCCACCUGCUUCUAUUGAAGUCGCAGAUCGUGGCGUUUGACAUCGAGUAUGUGACGCCGGACGUGUCUUUCGACUUUUCCGGCGUUGCUAGCACGUUCUACGAGCUUCGCGAACGUGGCGGGCUGUUCAACCCGCGCAGUUGGAUGAAACUGUUCAGCACGGGCGGCCUACUUCCUCGAGUAGUCGAGAACAUGCUUGACGCCAAAGUCGAGCUCGACGGCCGUCUGAGGACCGUGAUCAACGACUUCACGGCAGGCUUUGCAGCCACCUUGACGAAGGACCUGCCCAAGGACGUAGACAAGGCUAGUACGAAGAAUGCCGCUCUGGGGGAUGCCGUGUCCGCGACCCGCAAGCACAUGGAGAAAGAAGUCCCCGUUCUUCGUGCCAAGCUGGAGCAAUACCUCGACGACAUGCGCACCCGGGAAACGCUGGUUGCAGCUGUGGAGGACCAGGUGGUGCAGAUCUACGAGACCUUCUUUGACGGCUAUGUAAAUCGUCUGGGAGGGAACGGCAAGGUCAAUGGGGCGACUCAGAUCUCGCGGAAGGGAAAAAGUCCCGAGGAUGCCGUCUGGGAUAUCGACACAUUCGCCGAAUGGGCCGAGUCAUUGUUCAAUGUGGCAUUGCCCAGCGCUGAGGACGAUGAAGCCAGUCAGCCCGCCUCGAGGAGCCUGUCGAGGAGUCGUAGUCCGUAG